GUGACUGGCCCUGGCCCGCACCAGUUUGGCGGGGUACUUGAUUGAUAAGAAAAAAAGAAGUUCAAUGACCUUGGAAGACGAGUACAAACAUCCAAGAUAAGCACCAAAACAACCAGAGCAACUUGUGCAUUCCAACCCCCAUCUGAACAAACACAUCGACUUAAGUCCUCGGCCGUCACCACAGCAGCUGUUGCGCUCCUGCGAAGCUGUGUGUGUGUGUGUGUGUGUGUGUGUGUGUGUGUGUGUGUGUGUGCACUCGAUCCAACGAUUCCGACUCCCUCGAUAAACCACCUUCCACAACCGUCACCAUGGUGAUCCAGCAACCCUCAAAUCAGAUUAAGCUCACCAACGUCUCGCUGGUCCGGCUAAAAAAGGGCAAGAAGCGCUUCGAGAUAGCCUGCUACAAGAACAAGGUUCUCGAAUGGCGCUCCGGCAUCGAGACGGACCUGGACAACGUUCUGCAGAUCCCGUCGGUCUUUCUGAACGUUUCCAAGGGCCAGACUGCGCCCUCGGCCGAGCUCGCCAAAGCCUUCGGCAAGGACAAGUCAGUGGACGACAUCAUCCUCGAGAUCUUGCGCAAGGGGGAACUGCAGGUCGGCGAGAAGGAGCGAACUGCCCAGCUCGAGCGCGUGCACAACGAAGUCGUCUCCAUCGUCGCCAGCAAGCUGGUCGACCCGCGCACCAAGCGCGUCUACACCCCAGGGAUGAUCGAGAAGGCGCUCGACAUGCUCAGCUCCAUGGCUCAUCAGCAACAGCAGCAGCAGCAACAACAACAACAACAACAACAACAACAACAACAACAACAAGAGAAUAGCAGCAACAAGAACAGCAACAGCAAUACCCCGAGCACCACAACCGGCAACGCCCCCGUUACAGGCGAACCAGGCGAAGGCAGACCACGACCCACUCCCUCCGCCGCGGCUCCCAAGCCGACCUGGACGGGCGUGACGACCAACAAGAGCGCCAAGUCGCAGGCGCUCGAAGCGAUGAAGGCGUUGAUUGCGCACCAGCCGAUCCCCGUUGCGCGGGCGCGCAUGCGGCUACGCGUCACCUGCCCGACCAACGUGCUGAAGCAGGCCAUCAAGGCGCCCAAGGCGCCGGCAGGUACGGAUGGGGGAGGGGAUGGGGAGCAGAAGGCACCUGGAACGGUCAAGGACCGGAUCCUUAGUUUCAUUGAGCAGGUUGAAAGCCAGGACGUCAUGGGUUUUGAGUGGGAAAUCGUUGGGUUCGUGGAACCCGGCGCGUUUAAGGGUCUGUCGGACUUUGUCGGCGGCGAAACAAAAGGGCAGGGUAGAGUGGAGGUUCUGGACAUGGCCGUCACUCAUGAAGAUUAAACAACUUCGAACCAGAUACCCCUUUUCUUGGUUCACUCGGUUUGUUUUACAAGGGAGUUUGGAAUCUUACAAAAGAGUAGAAAUGAGGCAUCAGGAUCCAUCAGCUGUCGUGGGCACAUCUCAGUUGGCACAACUCAUUACUUUUCAUAUCCGCGCCUGUAUUGUCAUGCUGUGAAUCAUGGUGGUUCCCUUUUGCAAUCCUGCGAGUUCCCCGACGAAUUGCAGAGACAUUCGCAAGGUAAUAAAAAUCAACCCGUCCCGUCCAUGACCACCCCUUAGCCUUGGGAUAACACCGCCAGAAAGCCAAGCACAGCAAUGCCAAAGAGUGCCGCACGCCGAGAGAAAACCACUUAACCACCCUUCUUCUUGGACACACCGACGGUCCGGCCGCGGCGACCGGUGGUCUUGGUGUGCUGACCACGCACGCGCAGACCCCAGUAGUGACGGAGACCGCGGUGAGCACGGAUCUUCUUCAGGCGCUCAAGAUCCUCACGGAGUUUCGAGUCGACAUUGUUGGCGAGGAUCUGCGAGUCCUUGCCGUCGACGAUAUCGCGCUGCCUGUUGAGGAACCAC